AUGCCUCUCAAUUAUUCCAAGUGGGACAACCUCGAGCUUUCGGACGAUUCAGAUAUCGAGGGGCAUCCUAAUGUGGACCACAAGUCGCUGGUUAGGUGGAAACAGCGCGAUAUCCACGAGAAACGAGAGGCCCGAAAGCAGAAGAUCGCGCAUCUCCAGGCUCAAAUCGCAUGCAACAAAGUGCUGUUGCCCAGGAUAACAGAAAUCGCAAAGACCCUUGCCGAUCCCAAUGCGUCGACGCCCGCACCAGCGUACUUCAACAACCUCGUCGAGCAGCUGGAGAAGAAUCCCUCAAAGGACUGCCCGCCUGGGAACAACCCCGACAAGAUCGAGCAAACGUACGAUGGCAUGGUGCUCAGUUUACUGCAACGCGUGUCGCAGGAUGCGAAGAACAAGUUGAAGGAGCUGAACCUGGCUGAAUCGGAGAAGGAGGAGAGAUUGUCGAAGGAGUUGGUGGAGCAAAUGGAGACGCAUGUGAAGCAGUUGGGCGAAGUUAUUGAGCGUGAUCAGAAGGAGGUCGAGGAGGAGAUCAGGGAGCAAAAGAAGAAGAUUACGAGCGAAGAUAUCCGUGAAGGUUGGGAGACAAAGUACGUUCCUCCGAAACCAGAACCACCCCCAGUUCCCACCACAAAGGUCGACAAGCCCAAGUCGAAGGGCAAGGAAAAGGUGACUGAAUUUGAGGUCCUCAACCCUGCCGGUGUCGCAGCAGCAACAGCAGCAGAAUCGGCGGACGACGACGAUGACGAUGACGACGAAGGGCUCCCCAAGAUGACACCUUCACUGGUGGAAUUCUCGAAGAUUCCCUUGGGCGACUACGAGCGAUCGUUCAAGUUUAUCCAAGACCACCGUGAUGUAUACGUUCCUGGAGCAUCUGAUGCCCUUCUGGUUGCUGCGUUCGAGGCAGAGGGUCAAGGAAAGCACAAAUACGCGAAGAAGUGCGUGCACCAGAGCCUUCUCCUUCAAUACUGCGAGAAGCUAGGUCCCAACGGCGUCGGCAUGUUCUUCAAGAAGAUGAUCGCCGGAGACCAGCGAGCACAAAAGGUAUUCUCCGACGACGUCGAAAGCACCUACAACCACCUCGUCACCCGUGUCAAGAUCAGCAAAGAAGAGCAAGCUCAAGAAGGUGCCGGACGCGAGCAGAUCCAACUGGUCGCAGAGAACCCCGACACCGUCAUCUCCUUCAACGUCCCCGACGGCCCUCCUCCCGAGAACCUCGUCUUGGAGGGCGAGGGUGUCGAGGAUCUCGAUAUCGAGCAGGUUAGGAAGGCGCUCCAAUACCGAUGGGAUGUCUUCCAAGCCUUCCCGAAAGAACUCCAAGAGGCGCUCAAGGUCGGAGAGUUGACGGCAGUCAACAAGGUCCUUGGCGAUAUGGAGGUCGACGAGGCGGAAGCUAUCGUCAACGCCCUCGACUCGGCGGGUAUCCUGAACUUUGCGGAGGGUGGGAUUCGUGACGAGACAGGUGGAGAGGGGAGUGGGAGUGGAGGCGGGCAGUAG